AUGGUCGCGUCGUCCUGGCUUUCUCGACUCUUAUCAUCAUCACACUCUCUCCAAUCUUUCUCCGUCCAGAUAUCCACUCGGUCAUUAUCAUCCCUUUCCCUCUGGACCCUAUUCCUCUUCAGCCCCCUGGCUCUUGCGGACUGCGAAUGCGGUUAUCUAUCAACAGUCGGUGACGGCGUUGGUAAUUCCCAGGUUGACACAUCCGACCCGUCAAUAUGGCGACAGACCCCUAGCGACAGCAGCAACCUGGCGCUCUUCACAGACCUCUUGGAGACUGACUUCACACGGGUAUACUCCUCCGGCAAUCGGUACGAUGUCUCCAAGGAUACGGAUUGGGUACCGCAAGCAUUCAACCUCACCAAGGAGCGGGCACGCGGUGAAUGGGGCGAGAUGUUCGACGUCCGCAACGUGUUUUCCUAUCCGCCCAACAAGAACCGCCAGAGUCAGCCCGGCGAGGACGAGAUGAAGUGGGGACCGAAGCACUGGAACUCGGACGACAAAGCGACGGGGUUGAAGUUGGUGGUGAGAAGUGACGUUGUGGAUGGCAUGGUCCCCGUGGCGGAGGUGGCCACGCGCAGGUUAGACUUUCUGUACGGGUCUUUCCGCGCGAGCAUGAAGAUCUCGGACAUUCCUGGGACGUGUGCAGCUUUCUUUUGGUACUUCAAUGACACGCAAGAGAUCGACAUGGAGUUUCUCACUCGCGAAUUCAACCGCGAGAACAAGACCUUCCCGAUUAACCUUGUCCUGCAGUCGCGCGAGUCGGCCCUGGCAGGCCACGACGCCUCGGGCACGGGCGAAAGCAACUUUAUCCACACCAAUCUGCCCUUCGACCCGACGCUCGACUUCCACGAAUAUCGCAUCGACUACUUGCCGACACGCGUCAUCUUCUAUGCCGACGGCAAGCCCCUGGCUACCAUGGCCGCCUCCAGGGGCGCUGCCGUGCCCACGUCCCAAGGCCACCUCAUCCUGUCGCACUGGAGUAAUGGUAAUCCGCUGUGGUCGGGCGGGCCCCCAAAGGAAGACUCGGCGCUCACGGUGAAGUAUGUCAAGGCGUACUUCAACUCGAGCUCCGAGACUAGGCAGGACGACUGGCGGGCAAGGUGUCAGGACCCAAAGGCCAAGGGGGCGGUGUGCCGGAUUCCGGAUGUUGUCCCCGGGGACAAGACGGCCGUGGACUGGUAUUUCAAGUUCCAGGGGAAUAUGACAAAUAAUCAGACGAUGUCGAGUGAGCCGGAGGAGGACGCGGCUGUGAGACUCGGAACUGCAGGCAGGUUAGCAUGGAUUGCGAGUGUAUUGGCCGGGUUCGUGAUCUGGGUGAACGUGUUGUGA